GCUAAUUUAAUAAAAUUUUGAUAAAAUUUUUACCAUACACACUGCUUUACAGUUUACACAUUACUAUAAAAUGCAUUGUUACAAGUGUAUCUUAUGUAUAUUUAUUUAAGAAAGAAUAUUAAAGUUCUAUAUUUUCUCUUGCUGCUUAGAAAUUCCACAUAUGUAUAAGAAAACUCAAUUUAGUGAACGAUACAUUGGAAGAACUUGGAAUGCCAAAAGAUUAUCAUAGAUUGAAAAAUUUGAUAAAAUGGGCCUUGAUUGUAUUCAUUGUUAUGACAUCCGCCGCAUACAUUGUUGAUUCUUUAUUGUGUAUAGAGGCAUAUAAUGAAAUAAAAGCCAUAAUCAUCCCUAUUAUUAUGGAUUAUAGUUCAUGUAUUAAUACCAUCGUUGAUAUAAUAUUUACGGUUCUUCUAAGACACAUCGGUUCUAGAUUGGAUGAAAUAAAUAACUGUAUUAUGCAACUAUCAGAAACGGAAAACUAUGGACCUAGAUACAAAGGGAAAAGAUGUCUCGUCGUUAACAGUGUCGGAAGUGUUGAGAGUCGCAAGCACAUAUUAUGGACCGUAAUGCAUCUUCAUUUGGAACUCUGCCGAGUAGCUCGCAAUAUAAAUGGGUUUUUUGGAAUUCAAAUAACUCUGCAGAUGCUGUCCUAUUUCGUUAUUCUAAUCGGGAUGUUUAAUCUUCACUACAACGCAAUAUUAAAACCAAUAAAAAUAUAUGACGAUGAUACAGCGCUAAAAAUAUUGCUUUCUACUAACACGUGGUUUAUCAUAUAUUUAAUGAAACUAAUAUCAUUGAAUCAUAUAUGCGAAAGUGUUAGCGCUAAGGCGCAAAAGACCAAGGACGUUAUCCAUAAAUUAAUAAAUCGUCUAUGUUUUGCCGAAAUACGCGAAGAGAUGUCCCAAUUUGCUUCGCAAAUAAUAUUACGACCGUUAAAGUUUAGCGGAUUGGGAAUGUUUUACUUUGGCUACGAUUUUAUUCGUAAGUUCUUCAUCUCGACUGUCUCCGUCGUUCUUUUUAUGGUGCAAAUGGAUGUUGCUCCUAUAAUGUUUAUCAAGUAUAAUAUGACACAAAUAGAAAAAAAUCACAA